GGAGGUGUGAGCUGCCGGCAGGAGGACAGAGUCGAGGAAGAGCGGAAGAAGAGACAGCAGACCUCCCUACAUUGCAGGCGACCAUUCCUCCACGGAAAGGCAGAGAAACGCUCCUCUUUGCAACAGAUUAUUUUGGUUUUCCCCCCAAGGCUGAAGGUGUCCAACAUGCCUCGGAUCUAACGUCUCUGGAGGAAAACGAGGAAUAUUAAACUCCCCUGGUGGAUGUGGACACCUCAACUGUGGACAUGGAAAAGAUAGUGAAUUUAUCCCUUUCUGUGCUGCUGGUUUUAUGGGGAUGCGCGCACGGAGGCUCGCCCAGUGUCCAGAUUGGGGGACUUUUUCCAAGGGGCGCGGAUCAAGAGUACAGCGCUUUUCGGAUAGGAAUGGUUCAGUUUGGCACCCAGGAAUUCAGAUUGACGCCUCACAUUGACAAUCUGGAAGUGGCGAACAGUUUUGCUGUCACCAACUGCUUCUGUUCACAGUUCUCCAGAGGAGUAUACGCCAUUUUUGGAUUCUACGACAAGAAGUCAGUGAACACCAUCACAUCUUUCUGUGGGACGCUCCACGUCUCCUUCAUCACACCCAGCUUCCCUCUGGAUGGGAAUCAGCAGUUUAUCAUCCAGAUGAGACCCGAUAUCAAGGGGCCACUACUCAGCCUCAUUGAGUACUACAAGUGGGACAAGUUUGCCUACCUGUACGACAGUGAUCGAGGCCUGACGACGCUGCAGGUUGUUCUGGACACAGCUGCAGAGAGGAAAUGGCAGGUGACAGCCAUCAACGUUGGGAACUUAAAGGAUGAGAGGAAGGAUGAGGCGUACCGCUCGCUGUUUACUGAUCUGGAGAACAAGAAGGAGAGGAGGGUGAUCCUGGACUGUGAACAGGACAAAGUCAAAGACAUCAUGGAGCAGGUUAUCACAAUCGGCAGACAUGUCAAAGGCUACCACUACAUUAUAGCCAAUCUGGGUUUCAUUGAUGGGGAUUUAUCCAAAAUUCAGUAUGGCGGAGCCAACGUGUCAGGCUUUCAGAUCGUUGAUUUUGAUGAUCCGUUGGUGUCCAAAUUUGACCAGAGAUGGGAGGCCCUGGAAGAAAAGGAGUAUCCUGGUGCUGACAGUAAAAUAAGAUACACAUCAGCGCUGACCUAUGACGCGGUGCAGGUAAUGACAGAGGCCUUCCGCUAUCUGCACAAGCAGCGCAUCGAUUUCACCAGGAGGGCCAACAAUGGGGACUGCCUGGCUAACCCUGCUGUUCCCUGGGCUCAGGGAGUGGAGAUUGAAAGAGCACUGAAACAGGUUCGUGUGGAAGGCCUGACAGGAAACAUCCAGUUUGAUCAACAUGGCAAGCGAGUCAACUACUCUGUGAAUAUCAUGGAGUUGAAAACCAAUGGUCCUGUAAAGAUUGGAUACUGGAAUGAAGUUGACAAAAUGGCUGUCACUAAAUCAGACGUCUUCGCCAAUGAAUCAACAGGAAUGGAAAACAAAACUGUUAUUGUAACCACCAUCUUGGAAGCUCCAUAUGUCAUGCUAAAGAAGAAUGCCGACCUUUUUGUAGACAAUGAGCGCUACGAGGGCUACUGUGUAGAUCUGGCUACCGAGAUAGCGAAGCACUGUGGAUUCAAAUACCAACUGAAGAUAGUAGGAGACGGAAAAUAUGGAGCCAGAGAUGCAGAGACCAAGAUCUGGAAUGGGAUGGUUGGAGAGUUAGUGUAUGGAAAAGCAGACAUUGCUGUGGCUCCUCUGACCAUCACUUUGGUUAGAGAGGAAGUGAUUGACUUUUCUAAACCUUUCAUGUCUCUGGGAAUCUCCAUCAUGAUAAAGAAGCCUCAGAAAUCCAAACCAGGGGUCUUCUCUUUCCUGGACCCGUUGGCCUAUGAGAUCUGGAUGUGUAUUGUUUUCGCCUACAUCGGUGUCAGUGUGGUGCUCUUCCUCGUUAGCCGCUUCAGCCCAUAUGAGUGGCACACUGAAGAGUAUGAGGAUGGACAGAUCCAGACCAAUGAGUCAACUAAUGAGUUUGGCAUAUUCAACAGUCUGUGGUUCUCUCUCGGAGCUUUCAUGCGCCAAGGCUGUGACAUCUCACCAAGAUCUCUGUCUGGGCGCAUUGUCGGUGGUGUUUGGUGGUUCUUCACUUUAAUCAUCAUCUCCUCCUACACUGCAAACCUGGCUGCUUUCCUGACUGUUGAGAGGAUGGUGUCCCCCAUUGAGAGUGCAGAGGACCUGGCCAAACAGACUGAGAUUGCCUAUGGGACACUGGACGCUGGCUCUACUAAAGAGUUUUUUAGACGCUCAAAAAUCGCCCUCUUUGACAAAAUGUGGACGUAUAUGCGCAGCGCUGAGCCCUCUGUGUUUGUGAAAACCACAGCUGAGGGAGUACAGAGGGUCCGUAAGUCUAAGGGGAAGUACGCGUACCUGCUCGAGUCCACCAUGAACGAGUACAUCGAGCAGCGGAAACCCUGCGACACCAUGAAGGUGGGAGGCAACCUGGACUCCAAAGGCUACGGGAUCGCCACACCGAAAGGAUCCUCAUUAAGAACGCCAGUAAACCUUGCAGUAUUGAAACUCAGUGAGCAAGGCGUCUUAGACAAGCUGAAAAACAAAUGGUGGUACGAUAAGGGUGAAUGUGGAGCCAAGGACUCUGGAAGUAAGGAGAAGACGAGUGCCCUCAGCCUGAGCAACGUGGCUGGGGUCUUCUACAUUCUGGUCGGAGGACUCGGCUUGGCCAUGCUGGUGGCCUUGAUUGAGUUCUGUUACAAGUCCCGAGCCGAGGCGAAACGAAUGAAGAUGACCUUUGGGGACGCCAUGAGGAAUAAAGCGAGACUUUCCGUCACUGGGAGUACUGGGGAGAAUGGUCGGGUGAUGACUCCAGAGUUUCCUAAAGCCGUCCACGCUGUCCCGUACCCAAGACCUGACAUGGGACUGAACGUCAGCCUGACAGAUCUGUCCUGAUUGAUGAGAAAUUUCUGAGUGCCUUACAAUGGUUUCAAUAGAGCGAAUUUUUUCAUGUGUCCUACCCUCCCUCUCUCUGUUCCGGCGCUUUUUUCUGUCUGUCUGCUGAAAAGGGAAAGGUUGGAGACAGAGGCUUUAUUUUGUCUCUCACAAAGACUCAUAUAUUGUUGCUGUCUCUGUUUCUCACCGUAUUGCAAAUGCCUCCCCCUCUCUGGGUGGAAUUACAUCUCGGAACAAAAGGGAGGCUUUUUUCUAUACUGAUGACACCAUGCUUUUCCUAUCUAUCUGUCUGGACUGGACUGGACUAGGACCGAAACGAGGGCUUGAUUGACAGCAACGGCUGCUUCUGGGAGUUUCUGUCAUCUUAACUGUCUGUGUGCGAGUGUGUAAGUGAAGAGUGAGCAGGAAGAUGUCGUCAAACACACUGUUUCUGUAGCCACCACCGCCAAACAGAUUUUCAAGCACACUUGAUAUCAUCUGCAUUAAGAUGUGAAAUGGUCCCUUUUUUUCUAAGAAAAUCAAUGAAAAAAGUUUAUUGAAAAAAAUAUUUUUAUGUAUUUUCACAAAAUAGCUUUUAAAUAAACUUGCUUACAUACUGGUUGAAUAUAAACAUCUUAAUGUGUGAUAAAGAAAUAAAAAAUACUAAACAGCUUCUAGUUCCAUAUUUUUAAAGCCAAAUACAUUGCAUAUGGGGUGAGAUAUUGAAAUCAUGUAAUUAAUUCCUAUUCUAAACUUUCCUGUAUAUUUUAUUCUUUAACAUUUGGUGUUGAUAUGAAAUAUAUGUCAAUGCUUGACAUUUGGACUCAAUCCUUCUACGUUUCUCUUGUUAUCGUUGGUGCAGCAAUUAUUUUGCUUUCUUCUUUUGUCUCUUUGUUUGCUUUCAGUGCUUCUGUUUGUAUUUUUUCUGACAAGGACCAGGGUUUGUUCUACUUUUCAAGAUAAAAUAAAUCUGUUUACAUGCCAGGAAUGCAAAACAGAAAACAAAAAAUUGUAUGGUACGGUAUAUUGCAUCAUAUUUUGGAGUGACAUCGAAAAGGCAUCAACAUCUACAUGGUUUACGUGGUGGUUCCAAAUGCCAAAUAAGUAAGAGUGCCAAAUCCUAGUGCCAGUAGAUAUAAAUAUAGUCUUAAUAUAAUCAAUCACUGUCAUCUCAGUGAAUGUAAAUGAUACAUUCUGUAACUUUUGUAACUAGAUGUACAGUUGGUGGCAAUGACAGUGCUAAUACAAUAGCCUUUCUCGCUUUGUUUUUCCUGUCUCCAUGUAUUUUGCAUUGAUCUGACAAUAAAGUAGCACCAGUUGCAUGUUGUUGCCGCAAAUACAUUUGUUGAUUUCAUUACCGCCAAACAUGCGUUUUCAUUUUAAUGUUGAACUUGUGAGGUUUACUGUUUGAAUCGGAAAUACAAUGUUAGACAAAUAUACAAUAUAUACAUAUAUACAUAUAUUUUAUAUAAAAAGUUGAAAAUACAAAAAUUAUAGCCCCUUUCUUUGAAUCAUACUCUGCUGGUUUCAUUAGGUUCUGAAUCUGGUAAUUAUUUGACUUCUGCAGUCUAUCAUCAGCCACUUACAAACUGAUGCAGACAGACACCGUUAACUUUACGUACUGCAAUUGACAAAUGAAGAGUCCUUGAACAUCAACACAAAGGGAGGUCAAUUGUACGAUUAUUAUCACUGUUGUUUUUGUACUCCAAAAUAGAAACAUACUGUAGUUGCUUAUCAGUAUCAUUGCAUAUUCAGGCUAUUCUCACUGACAUUUUGUAUAUGGAAUGUGUGCUAACUUGUUUAAUUUUUGGGACUCUUUAUUAAUAAAAGUGGCUGAUCUC